AUGACAUAUUGUACUAAACGUUGGAGUUUGGGUCAUCUGAGAGAUGCAUGUACAAUACUAACUCAAAGAUGUCGAAUAUGUUUAGGUAAUUUUGAUCCAAAUCAUCAAGGUUCUAAUGUUCUAAGAUAUGCUAAUUGUCAACAGGAGCAUCAAUCAUCAGAUCCAAUGUGUGAUAUUAUUCGUCGUUGUCGUACAGAUCUAAAUGAAGCUAUUAAUAUUUCUAUUCUAGAAGAUAAAUUAGAUCGUCGGACAACACCACAGCAACAGCUCCAAUAG